GGGGGGGAAGGAGGAGGAGGAGGAAGAGGAGGAGAAAGAAGAGGAGGAGGAGGGGCUCGCUCCGGCGGGGAGGCAGCAGCCGUUCAGCCGCCUUGCGUCGGGGCCGCGCUCGCGUUACCUCAGCGCUGUUUUCCCGCCUCAGCGGCCCCCGCAGCCUCGCUCCCAGCCCCUUUCCCCGCUCCUUCCCGCCGCCCCUCACCCGGGGAGGAUGCGCCGCCUCUUCCCCGCCGCCGCAGGUAGAGGGGGGAAACGAUGAGGGAGUCGCCCCGACGGCUCCUGGCCCUGGGCUCCUGCCUCUUCUUCUGCGCCCUGCUCUGGCUUCCUAUUUGGCAUGUCUUUUGUAAAGACACCUUUUCAUCAGCAGUGCAAUAUGCUUCAGGUGAUGCUUGUGCCCUGACAAAUGAUGACAAAAAUGUUCAGGAAAAGGGGGAAGAGGUUGGCCCUGGGCUGGAAUCUGAGCACGUGGACUCAAGUACAUGGAGUUACUCUACAGAAGAGCUACCUGAUGACUUAACAAAAUCUGACCAGACUGCAGAAGUGAGUGAACCAAGCCAGCCUGAAGCUGAGACUCCACCUUCAGUAGAUAUAAAUGAAGCUUUGUCUAGCAUAGUUCCAAGCACUGAAAACAUUUCCAGUUCACCUACCUCAGAGAUACCUCCAGUUUCACAGCCUGAUGCAAUAGAAAACUCCCAUGCUGAUACCCCUCUGGUUGGCUCUAGUGAAGCUGAGCAGUCAGAACCUGACUGUGAUGUUGGUGGAACACUUGAGGCUGACCCUCAGACUGAGCCUCCCUCUUUUGUCAGCCCCCAAGAAAGCCUUGCAGGUCAGCACAUAGAGAACAUCUCAUCUUCACAUGGCAAGGAGAAGAAGACAAAAUCUGAGUUUGAGUCAAAAGUUUCAGCAGCUGAAAAGGGGGCAGAUGAGCAAAAAUCUGCUCUGAAUGCCUCAGAGAACCUAAAGAGGGAGAAAGACUAUAAAAAACCAGGAGAAAUUGACCCUACAUCAGUGAUAACCCCAAAGGACCCUGGAGACAUUCCAACAUUUGAUGAAUGGAAGAAGAAAGUCAUGGAAGUGGAAAAAGAAAAAAGUCAGUCCAUGCACCCUUCUGCUGCUGGUGGGCAGCAUCCCACAAAAAAGGUCCAGAAAAAUAGGAAUAACUAUGCCUCUGUGGAGUGUGGAGCCAAAAUUCUGGCAGCAAAUCCAGAGGCAAAGAGCACUUCAGCUAUUUUGAUGGAAAACAUGGACCUUUAUAUGCUAAAUCCCUGCAGUACUAAAAUCUGGUUUGUUAUUGAGCUCUGUGAACCAGUCCAAGUCAAGCAGCUUGACAUUGCAAAUCAUGAGUUAUUCUCUUCCACUCCUAAAGACUUUCUGGUGUCUAUUAGUGACAGGUAUCCAACCAACAAGUGGAUUAAAUUAGGUACUUUCCAUGCCAGAGAUGAGAGAAAUGUCCAAAGCUUUCCUCUGGAUGAACAGAUGUAUGCAAAAUAUGUUAAGAUGUUCAUCAAGUACAUAAAGGUGGAGUUAAUAUCACACUUUGGAUCAGAACAUUUUUGUCCUUUAAGUCUUAUAAGGGUGUUUGGUACUAGCAUGGUGGAGGAGUAUGAAGAAAUAGCAGAUUCUCAGUAUCAGUCUGAACGCCAGGAACUCUUUGAUGAAGAUUAUGAUUAUCUAUUGGAUUACAAUACAGGGGAAGAAAAAUCUUCAAAAAAUCUCCUUGGUUCUGCUACAAAUGCUAUUCUAAGUAUGGUCAAUAUUGCUGCUAACAUGCUUGGAGCCAAAACUGAAGAGUCAUCUGAAGCUGAAGCAGGGAACAAAAGUGUGUCUGAAAAUGUCACUGCCACCCCUACAACUUCAACAGCUACACCAAGAUUGCCUGAACCAACUCCUGUUCCUUCACCAGAACUUGUCACCACAGAUCCACCACAGAUGGAUAAAGAACACUUAAUGGUGGAUUUGACAAAAGAAAGGCCUAUUGUCCAGCUAGUACAAGAGUAUGAAGAGGAUACAAGCCAGUCAACAGUGACCCUGCUGCCCAGUGAUGAUCAGGAGGAAGAAGUGCCAGCAUGGUUUGAGCUGGAGACAGAGAAGUACUGCUGUGACAUGGCAGCAGUGUGCUGUAUUCCCACUUUUUCAGAGUAUCUCUUGAAAUGGUGCUCAGCUGCAGCAGCCACGCAUGGGCAGCGUGGUAAAUCUGAAGGUAAACAAGGGCAGGGUCACUCUGCUGCUGCUCAGAAGCCACAGGUGAUUCUGCCCCAGUCUGUACACACAGCAGUAGAUGAACCUCUGCCUGAGCAAUUAGACAGCAAAAUUGAGAGCCCAGCUGGCUCUGCUGUUUCACUUGACUUCAGUAGUGUGACCCCUGAGGAGAGCAGUAACCAAACCACAGUUUUGAUUGAGCUGGAACCCAGCCACCCUCAGACUGUCUCUCAGUCCCUCCUCUUAGAAGUGACUUCUGAAGUUAAGCUGUUACAAACAACAGACACGGUGUUGGAGCCUGAGGAAGAAGAUGCAGGCCUGGUAGCACCAAAGCUGACUCCCCAGGUGGAUAUAACUCAGAUCAGUGCAGAAACUGAGCAAGCUGAGAGCUCUGUUGCAGAAAACCCUGUAGCUUCUGAAACCAGCGUGGCUGCUGAGGUAAAGGAGAUGAGCACAAUCGAGACUACUGCUCUUCCAGUGAUUCCAAAACCUACAGAGACUGUUCUGCAGCCUGACCACACCCUGGGCAUGGUGGCCACUGAUGCUGGGGAGGGAAAAGAAAGCACUCCAGACAUGCAGAAACCUCCUUCACCUCCUGUUGAGCCUUCUGUGUCUGCUGAAACAAAGGAGGAGGAUCAGGCAACUGAAGAAGCUUUAAUGGCCAUUCCAGUCCCUGGGGGAGCACAGAGGACAGCUACAGACUUCUAUGCUGAGCUGCAGAAUUCCACAGAUCUCAGCUAUGCCAAUGGGAAUCUGGUUCAUGGCUCCAACCAGAAGGAAUCCGUGUUCAUGCGCCUGAACAACCGCAUCAAAGCCCUGGAGGUCAACAUGUCCCUCAGCAGCAGGUACUUGGAAGAGCUCAGUCAGAGGUAUAGAAAGCAAAUGGAAGAAAUGCAGAAGGCUUUCAAUAAAACAAUAAUAAAACUUCAGAACACCUCAAGAAUAGCAGAAGAGCAGGAUCAGAGACAGACAGAAGCAAUCCAGCUCUUACUGGCCCAGCUUACCAACAUGACACAGCUGGUUUCCAAUCUGUCAACAACUGUGGGGGAAUUAAAACGUGAGGUUUCUGACAGGCAGACCUACCUUGUGAUUUCUCUGCUUCUCUGUGUCAUUCUGGGCUUGGUGCUCUGUGUGCAGAGGUGCAGAAGCACUUCUCAGUUCUGUGAAGAUUACUUCUCCAAACUUCCCAAAAGCAAUCACUACCCUAGCCCCAAAAGGUGUUUUUCCUCCUAUGAUGAUAUGAAUUUGAAAAGGAGAACAUCACUGCCACUGGUCAGAUCCCAGUCUUUUCAGCUAGCUGGUAAAGAAGUGGACCCAGAGGACCUGUACAUUGUUGAACCCCUGAAGUUUUCCCCAGAGAAGAAGAAAAAGCGUUGUAAAUACAAAAGUGAAAAAAUUGAGACCAUUAAACCCACAUCAGAGCCUCUGCAUCCAGUAGCCAACGGGGAAAUCAAAGGAAGGAAGCCGUUCACGAACCAGAGGGACUUCUCUAACAUUGGGGAAGUUUAUCACUCUUCCUACAAGGGUCCUCCAUCUGAAGGAAGCUCUGAGACAUCCUCUCAGUCUGAGGAAUCCUAUUUUUGUGGCAUUUCAGCAUGUACGAGUCUGUGCAACGGACAGACCCAAAAGACAAAAACUGAGAAGAGGGCUAUAAAACGAAGAAGGUCGAAAGUUUCAGACCAAGGGAAGCUCAUAAAAACUCUAAUACAAACUAAGUCAGGGUCAAUGCCAAGCCUGCAUGACAUAAUCAAAGGAAACAAAGAUAUAACAGUGGGAACACUUGGUGUCACAGCAGUUUCUGGACACAUCUGAAACUAGCUGGACUUUUCUAACAGGAGAGUGUUUGUUCAUUUGAGAACAGUCUGUGGUAUUCUGGGGGAGGAUAGUGGGAGACGAAGAGCUCAACUAAUUGGGAAGUAUUCAGAAAUUUGGUUUCUGCCUUUUUAAAAAAGAUGGGAUUGUGUCAAUCUUGGCUCUAAGCUGCAGCUUUACAAGGCUGAUAAUUUCCUAUGAGAACACCUUGGGGAGGGGAGGGAGGGCAGGGUUCAUUUUAUAAAGGUUUUUUUUCCACAGUUCCUGGGGAGAGAUUUUUUUGAAACCCAGUUUGUUGGGUGGAAUAGGGAUAAAAGCCUAAUCCUCUUCCUUUAGCUUUGUUCCUAUUUCUUGCACCUUCCCAUAUUUAUGUGCCUUUUGUCUAUUUAUAAUGCCACUGGAAGAGGGGAGAUACAAUUGUUUGUCAUUUGAUUUGUUUUGUAAUUUCUCUAGCUUUUUUUGAAGAUGCAACACUACAGUGCUGUAAAAGGACACGUGUUGGCCUCCAGCUGGACUCAGUAAUGUGGACUGGAUACUGUAAAACACUAAGAGAUGGACUCCCCUGACUAGAUUCAGGUUUUGCAAGCUUGGUUGAGGAAAAUACCUCACGAGGGAUGGUAAUCACAUUUAUUUCCACCUCCAGUUACAUCUCAGAGCUGCAGUCUGAUGUAGCAAACGAAUGACUUCCUCAGUAUGAAGGAGUCUUAGGCUGAUGAAUGCAUUUGUGGUUGGAAUUGUCUGCUCUGGUUCUCUGAAGGAAGGAGCUGGUUCUGUGCUGAGAGCUCAGGCAAAAGCUCAGCUGAAGAAGAGGAGGGAGAACUGGGCAGCUCUGGGACUGUGCAGUUUGCAAAGCCUUGAGCAGUCAGGCUGGUUCAGAGUGGGUGUUUCCAUAACCUUUGCUUUUGUGUUGGCUAACAAAGGUGCAGUGUUUGGAUGGUUGGUGUUUUCAUAGCCAAGUGUUUUUCAUUUUGACUGUGGUUGUGUAUGUGGAUACUCCAGGAUGUGUGAUUGCUGGAAUGCUGAGUGUGUAUCUGAAUGAGUGGAACAAAAGAUGAUUUCCUUUUGACAGAUGUUACAGGUUCACAUUUUAAGAAAUAAGUUAACUUAUUCAGCACUUUUUAGUGGUACCCUUUUAACAGACCUAAUGCCUUUCCUGGGUAUUGUAUGUAAUGUGAUUUAUUUAAAGCAAUUUUGUUUUCUUUUUUUUUUUUUUUUUUUUUCUUUUUGCUGCUUUCUUAUUAGUUUAUGAAUACUUUAGGGUGAUGUACUUUUGGAGUUGAUCUGCACAAUUAGCCAGUCAGAGCACAUGAACCAGACGUGGUGAAGGUGAAUUUAAGAAGGGUUUCAAACCUGAAUGAGGAGAACACACACCACCUGAGUGCAGCACACAACGUUGUGGAACAAGAGUAUGUAACUACAGAACUGUAGUGCCAUUAGAAACUGUGAAUUUCCAAAUAAAUCUGAACACUUUGUCUUUAA